CACGCAAAUAUCUACACCUCGUUUGAAAUCUCGUAGAGAAAUCCCAUUUUGCUUAGGUAAGCAUACGAAGAGCUAAUCAAAAUGACGCGCUAACAACUCGGGGUAUACUGGCAGAGAAGUCCUCCAUCCCGAGGAAGGAGGCGCGUGGGCUCAAUUAAAUAUCAAUGUGGAAGCCCACCCGCUCCUACUACAGAUACUAGAUACGCUUUUGCCCCACUUUAUAUACGGCACACCAAUUUGCCAAUUGCAGCUGCUGGGAGGCUUCUGUUCAUUUAUUAGUGUUUGCUUUUAGAUAAAAUGGAAGUAGCGAGAUUGAGUAGGCCGGUAUUGAGAAGCAGCGGAAGCCCUGUAAUAGGGCUGGAGCAUAAGAUGCCCAUGGUUUACAGGCCUCGCAAGAGUCAAUCCACUGAGGCCUAUGUAGAGGAAGAGGAAGAAGAAGAGGAGUAUGAAGAAGUUGAGGAAGAGGAGUAUGAAGAAUUUGAGGAAGAGGAAGAGGAAUAUGAAGAAGUUGAGGAAGAGGAGGUAUCGAGUGACGUGAAUUUAGAGGUGCCAGUGAGGUAUGAACCUGCACCUGACCCUGAAAAUACCCAAUGGACUGAGAAGCCAGUGCGUGUCUAUGCCGAUGGCAUUUAUGAUCUCUUUCAUUUUGGGCAUGCGCGAUCUCUGGAACAGGCAAAGAAGCUGUUUCCCAAUACACACCUCCUUGUGGGUUGCUGCAAUGAUGAAGUUACUCACAGGUACAAAGGAAAAACAGUUAUGAUUGAAUCAGAACGCUAUGAGUCUCUGCGCCACUGCAGAUGGGUUGAUGAAGUUAUCCCGGAUGCUCCCUGGGUACUUACUCAAGAAUUCGUGGACAAACAUCAGAUUGACUAUGUGGCACAUGAUGCUCUUCCGUAUGCUGAUACCUCUGGAGCUGGAAAGGAUGUUUAUGAAUUUGUCAAAGCAAUAGGAAAAUUUAAGGAAACAAAACGAACUGAUGGGGUCUCUACAUCCGAUGUCAUAAUGCGAAUACUCAAAGACUACAAUGAAUAUGUUAUGCGUAAUCUUGCUCGUGGAUACUCAAGGAAGGACCUUGGAGUAAGCUAUGUCAAGGAGAAACAAUUAAGAGUCAACAUGGGUAUUAGUAGACUGCGACAGAAAGUCAAGGAACAACAAGAGCGAAUGGGGGAAAAGAUACAUACAGCUGCCAAGUUAGCGGGGACGCAUCAUAGUGAGUGGGUUGAAAAUGCUGAUCGAUGGGUAGCUGGGUUUCUGGAAGGUUUUGAAGAGAGAUGCCAUAUGAUGGAAACGGUAAUCAAGGGCAAAAUACAGGAGGGCUUGAAGAGACAGUCAAGGAGCCCUUCUCCUCCAAAAAUGAUAGAAGAUAAACUGCAAUAGCAUUCAGCGGUGGAGCCCUUCACCUUCAAGAAUGAUAGAAGAUUAUACUGUAAUAGCAUAAAAUCUUUUUAUCAAUGAUGUUGCAGAGUCAUUUGCUCUCUUGUAAUGCUUGGGAAUCUGAUUUUGUAUAGAUAUCCAUAAUAUGGAGUUUGGCUUCAUAUAUGAGACCGGACAGUUUGACAGGCUGUCUAAGAUGUAAUUUGCGGUGAAAUGACAAAAUGUAUGUAUUGACAGGUUCGGGUCUGAAUAUGUUUGCUGAUCAGUGUCAUGGGGGUCAACAAUCUGUAUUUAUUAAUGUAAACAGUUUUGAGCUAUUAAACCGUUUUUAUGAAUGCAACAAUAUUGAGCUAUUAAACGUCUUGCA